AUGUUGACUGAUAAAACACAUUCCUAUGAAAAUAAAGCUAUUGAUUAAAGUUAAAUUGAAGAGCAUCAAUUAUAAUUCCAGAAAACCUCUUAGUUUACAAAUAUUGAUGACAACAGCACUAUUUAUAAUGAUUAAGAAACUAAUGAAUAAAGUGUUUAUCUAAGUAAAGAUCCAGAAGUUCAAAAAUCUAUUUGUUUAUAAGAAAAUGAGAUUUAGAGAUUAUCUUAAGCAUAUGCUGAUAAGUAUUACUAUGAAAUGAAAUUUGAACAGUAUCAAAAUCUUUUGGCAUAAUAAUAAUGCACUAUUUCUAAAUUAUUGAAUGAGAAGAAAGAUAUAUAAUAAAAAUUAGAGAACAAUAUUAUGUAACAUAGUUAUCAAGAAAAUCAUGAUUCCUUAUAAUAGACACAUCAUUUAGAAUAAUAAAUAGAAGAGUUAUAAUUAUAAAAUGAAAAUUUAAUACAAUAAAAUGAAAUGUAUGAUAAUUAAUUAGAUGAAACAAAAAGAUUGUUAUAAAAAUUGAAUAAAGAAUAAGAAUCAUUAUAAUAAUAAUUUUAAGAAUACAAAUUAUAAGUUUUCAUCAAAGAAUAAGAAUAAUAAUAAUUAAUUGAUUAAUUAUAAAAUAAGACUUCAAAAGAAUCAAAGUUAUCUAUUUAUUAAGAAUUAUAACAUUAGAUGAAUGAAAUUAAAGAUUAAAAUAAUUAUUUAUUUGAUUAAUUAAGUAAAAAAGAAUAAGAAAUUGAGUAAAAUUUUUAGAGAUAAUUAUCAGAUUUAGUAGAAUAAUUCACUUAAGAAAAAUAAGAGUUAUAAGAAGAAUUUGAAUAAUAAUUGGAAAAUAAAGAUGAAAUCAUACAUUAAUUAGAAAUCUAAAUAAAUGAUGUUCAAAAUCAAGCAUAAUCAUUAUACUCUGAAAAUCUUCAAUUAUAAAAUCAAUUAGAUUUAUUAGGAUAGAAGUAUAAUUUUAUUAUCUAUUACUUUUUAGUUAUUAAGAAGACAUUUAAUAAUAAGCUAAUGUGUUGUCAUAAUAAGUGGCAGAGUAUAAAAUAAUAAUUAAUAAUUUGGAAAAUUAGAUAUUUGUGAUGAAUGCUGAAAUUUAAAGACGAGGAAGAUCUAAUGGUAAAGAAAAUGCAUAGAGAGUCUUAUAAGGAAUAUCAAAAAUUAAUUAAUAAAGACUAAGUACUGGAGAAAUGACAUUUUCAAACAUAACUCCUAGUUCGAAAUAAUUUCAAUACUGA